AUGGACUCGCCUAGGGAUGAACGAGAGCAGGUGUUUGCUGGACUGAAUGAGUCCUUUACUGAGUAUCUUGACGAUCCGGAUGCGACUCGAUUCUUGGAUAUCGACCUCGACGACAUUGACAUUGGCGAAACCUUUCCGACGAGAUCAUUGAUGCAUCAUGACUCUCUGCAACCUAUAUCAACCUCGAAGGAACUCGUUCAGCCUAGUCCGGGUCCCCGGGAACCACUCGUCUCUGGUCAGAUCCAUCAGCCCAAGCCCAUCAAGAAUCUCGGAAACGGCUUCUUCGGUCAAGAAGCCAAUCCCCUGAAUACCUUCCAACCCGGUCUUCAGCUACAAGACACCAGGCCAAUAGAGUCUCUCCCCUGGUCCCUCGACAGUACGGAAGCGACUCAGGAACCAUUGCUACCAAAUACUAACAAGAGGCCACCCCCAAAGAUCGGGAAACGUUUCUCUUCAGAGUCCAUCAGAGUCCUGAAAUCAUGGCUUGCUACGAAUAUCCAGAAGCCGUACCCCGGACCAGCCGACGUCGAAGCCCUGCAGAGAAAGACUGGCCUCAACAGACAGCAGAUCACCACCUGGCUAGCCAAUGCGCGCCGUCGAUUAAAGAACCAGCCUGAACGACCACCUACCCCUCUUGUACGAUCAUCAACCCCGGUAUCAAUCAAUAACUUGGCUUCCUUCGAGAACAUGGAUCCUCUACAGCGAUGGCAGAACUCACCCCCCGAGCACGAACCCGCGACUGCCUCGGCCAUUGCACAAGCGAUGCGCGGCCUCCCGUCGACGACAUAUAGCCCUGACCGAGCAUUCUCAGGAGAUUCGGAUCCCGGGAGAUCUCUACGGAGUAGUUCAUCUGCCGGCAGCACAAAUGCUUCUAAAUCUAGCUCUGCAUACUCUCACACGUCCGGCACCUCUCUCAGAUCCCUCGACCGAAUCAGAAAAGCCAUCAAACGCAAGAGACGUCGCGUGCCCGCCGAGCGACCCGUUGUCCUUGAUAGCUGCCAUCCUUACCAGUGCACAUUUUGCACAGAGACGUUCAAGACGAAGUGGAGUUGGAAGCGUCACGAAAAGUCGCUGCAUCUGUCACUUGAACGAUGGGAGUGCGCACCGUCGGGCCCAACCGUGUUGAACGAAAAGUCUGAGACUGUGUGUGUCUACUGUGGACUUGUCAGCCCUGACAUGAACCACCUGCAGAGCCACAACUUUGGAGCCUGUCAUGGCCGGGCGCUGGAAGAAAGGACGUUUUACCGAAAAGACCACUUGCAGCAACAUCUCAAGUUGGUCCACAACGCACAGUACCAGAAGUGGCCGAUGGACUCGUGGAAGGAAGCGAAUGAGGAGAUAAAGUCACGCUGUGGCUUUUGCGGAAUGGUCAUGAAGUUUUGGUCUGACCGUGUUGACCAUCUGGCGGAGCAUUUCAAGGCAGGGCAGACCAUGGUGAAUUGGAAGGGAGAUUGGGGGUUUGAGAGUCAGAUGCUUGACAUGGUUGAGAACUCGAUGCCGCCGUAUCUCAUUCAUUACGAGAGAAACUCACCUUGGCCGUUUACAACUCAACAAGGCCUCACCGGAUCACCAGCGAGCGCAUUCGAGCUUAUCAAGGUGGAGCUGGAGUACUUCAACGCCUACUACACCAACGCAAGGCAUUCUCCACCACCAGACGAGGAACUAUUAUACGAAAGCUGCUGCAUCAUCUUUGGCGCCGAGAUAUUAUCCAAGGAGUCAGCGAUACCGGAACCCUCGUGGCUGCGAGAUUUGCUCAUGUCCUCCGAAGAGGUCGUCAAGCAAGCGCGGAUACGCCCGAUGAAGAGCGCCGCCAAGUCGAGAAUCACGGCGCUGAGGAUCAACGGCAAGGAUGAUAUCUUUCAAGCAUGCCCUAUGGAGGAAAGGCUGCAGAGGUAUACUGAGAUUCCCAAGCUGUUGGCACUCAAGGUUGAAGAUGAUGAACUGCAGAGGGAGGCAUGUGCUGUCGUUCAAGCGAUGAAUGAGUCGUCGCCGCAUCCAUCGGUCAUGUUUGUCAACUUCUUAACCGGAUUGAUCUUUGGGUCGACUAAAUGGCUUAUUCCAUUUCGUCAACGGGCUGGCUUAACAGCUGAUGACUCGGCUUCAACUGCGAUCCGGGAUGCAGGCGGUGGGUCACCGGUUGUUGGUGAUUUAGUUCCAAGCAUGGAGCCACUACCUCUCAGCACGGAGCAGCCGAGUCCCACCGAGGCGUGGGAUAUGACGGACAGCCCAACCGAAAAAUUAAAGACAAGCGGUAUCGAAGUGCCGGCGUCAUAUCACCUCUUCGAUGCCAACUGCUAUCGACGCCUUGGGCGGGAGCUGACACGGUUUGUCAUGAGCACCAUGUCCACGCGGAACCCUAAGAGCCAUGUUCCGACCGAUGAGGAGCUGCAGCACCAGGCAAGGUGGAUAAUGUUUGAUGAUGGCGAUCCAUGGAAUCAGACACCAGCUGAUAACCCCAACUGGUUGGAGCAGUUCAAGAAGGAUGUCGGUCUGUUGGAUGAAGCGAGUCCAAGCCAGGUUCUGGAUGAAUGA